AUGCUGUGUCAGGCACUUCACAUAUUUGGUAACAAGCUGGUGCGCAGACGUCCAUUGAAGAAAGAUGUGACUGACAUUGCCCCUGACAGAAGCCUGAGCACUAUGGAUUUAGUGGCCCUCGGUGUGGGCAACACAGUGGGUGUAGGUGUGUAUAUCCUGGCUGGGGAAGUGGCCAACAGUCAAGCAGGACCUUCCACCAUGAUCUGCUUUUUGGUGGCUGGCCUAACUUCUGUGUUGGCUGGGCUCUGCUAUGCAGAGAUUAGUGCUCGAGUUCCCCAAUCUGGAUCUGCAUAUCUCUACAUCUAUGUCACUAUAGGUGAACUUGGGGCUUUCAUCACUGGCUGGAAUCUUAUCUUGUUCUUUGUUGCUGGUACCACCAUUGUGGCCUGUGCCUGGUCUUUAGCUUUUAACAACUUGCCUGGGAACCAGAUCUCUCAGGCCCUGCAUGAGAGCAUCUCACCUCAUGUUCCUCGGGUCUUUGCAGAAUAUCUAGACUUCUUUGUUGUGGGCCUUGUGUUGUUGCUCAUCGGAUUGCUGACUCUGAGGAUUACUGAGUUUUCCCUGGCCACCAAAGCAUUCACAUUAGUGAAAGUUUUGGUUCUUAGUUUUAUCAUCAUGUCUGGUUUCAUUAAGGGGGACCUGCACAACUGGAAGCUCACAGAAGAGGACUACAUAAAGGCUGGACUCAAUGACACCUCUAGCUUGGGCCCUCUGGGCUCUGGAGGAUUCGUGCCUUUUGGCUUCCAGGGGAUUCUCCGUGGAGCAGCUACCUGCUUCUAUGCUUUUAUAGGUUUUGACAAUAUUGUUACCACAGUUGAAGAAGCUCAGAAUCCUAAGUGUUCUAUCCCCAGGGGCACUGUGAUUUCAUUGCUCAUCUGCAUUUCAGUGUAUUUUGGUGUCUCUGCAGCACUUACACUUAUGGUGCCUUAUUACCAGCUCCGACCCGGGAGCACCUUGCCUGAGGUAUUUCUCCAUAUUGGCUGGGCCCCUGCCUACUAUGCUGUAGCUUUUGGAUUCCUCUGUAGUCUUUCUGUCAGCCUCUUGGGCUUUAUGGUCCCUAUACGUCAUCAAUUAUACAUGAUGGCAAAGGACGGCCUCUUGUUCCCUGUCCUUGCCAGGAUUCAUACUAGAACAUACACCCGCAUGGUGGCUACUGUGAUCUUUGGCAUUAUUGCAACAAUCAUGGCAGUCUUCUUUGGACUUACUCAUCUUGUGGACCUCCGGUCAAUUGUAACUCUGUUGAAUUACUCCCUGGUGGCUUUUAGUGUUCUCAUCCUCAGGUAUCAGCCUGAGAGGAAGAAUGGGGAUGAAGCACAGGUGCAACAGGAGAAUGGACCUGAAGCAGAGAAGCUGACUCUACACCGAAUAUUUUUUCCAGACAGCUCCACCCCCACUCCACUCUCUGGCCUGAUUGUCUCUGUUUGCUCCUCAUUGCUUGCUCUGCUGCUGACUCUUCUCUGCCUGGUGCUGGCCCAGUGGCCAGGUCUGCUUUCUGGAGACCCAUGGUGGAUCACAGUGGUUGUCCUGCUCCUGGUGCUCAUCACUGGGAUCACUGGGGUCAUCUGGAGGCAGCCACAGAGCUCCACUCCCCUUUACUUUAAGGUACCUGGCCUGCCUCUCCUCCCACUUCUGAGCAUCUUUCUGAAUUUUUACCUUAUGAUGCAGAUGCCAGCUGGCACCUGGGCCCAAUUUGGUGUCUGGAUGCUGAUUGGGUUUGCUAUCUACUUUGGCUAUGGGAUGCAGCACAGCCUUGCUUAA